AUGGUUUCCCUGGAAAUUAUGUAUUCUGAUAAGAUGGCCACAAUCCGAAAAUCGUCGUCUGAAAAAAUCAGUUUACAAGAGGAAAAUGAUGUUUCGGAUAAGGUUUUUGAGUAUUUGGAGGAGAAUUUUGUCAAGAAAAAUGAUGUAGGAAUAGAGAAGAUUUCUAUUUUAUUGCUGUCGUACACGAACCCUCCAAAACUCCCAAAAGGAAUUCGAUGCAAAAACUGGGAGAUCAAAUGUGAAUCUCAUCCUCCAUACGUCACGAAUCUUCUAGAAUCGAUUCCUUUGAAUUCUGAUUUCCUGAAAAUUGAAUCGGAGUCAUUUGGGACGGGUCGGGAUUUGCUCAACAAAUGGGAAAAAAUGGAACAAGUGAAAACGGCCAAAGAAAACAUUUUCGAGAUGAAUAUUCACUGA